AUGGGGCUCAGGAGGAGGGGGGAUGGGGCUCAGGAUGAUGGUCGCGGCCGGCCGUGUAGGGCUGGGGCUGCCCGUAGGGCGAGCGCCCCUCCUGGGUCCCAGGCACAGCUGCUGCUCUUCGGGCCGGCCCUGAUUGCGGAGCUGAGCAGUGUUGCCACAGGCCUAGGGGAGGGGGGUGGGACGGUCCGUCAGCCCGCGGCUCGCUCGCUAACUGUCUCGGGGAGUGCACCGGCAGCCGCCAGCCCCAGGCUCCGGAGGCCUGGGAGGCAGGGACUGAGGCCCAGGCGCAAACUCCGGACGCUGGACGCCGGGCGCCAGGGGCCCCCAGCCGGCAUCACGGAGGGCCCUCAGGAAGCCCGGGUGACCCCGUCCUGUCCCCUGGACGGGGCCUUCUGGAUCCCCCGGCCUCCAGGUGUCCCCCCGAAGGGCUGCUUUGCCUGUGUGUCCAAGCCCCCAGCCCUGCAGUCUUCGGCAGCCGCCUCAGCAGCUGCGCAGGGCCCGGCCCCCACCCUGUGUCCGAUGGAGGCCAAGGGCUGCAAGGCUGACAGUGUCCGGACGGGCACAGGCUCGGGACCCGGCAAACACUCGGCAGAGAAAAAGACCAUGACCAACCCCACCACCGUCAUUGAAAUCUAUCCCGAUACCACGGAGGUCAAUGACUAUUACCUCUGGUCCAUCUUCAACUUUGUCUACCUCAACUUCUGCUGUCUGGGCUUCAUUGCUUUGGCCUACUCCCUGAAGGUUCGGGACAAGAAACUACUGAAUGAUCUGAAUGGGGCUGUGGAAGAUGCCAAGACAGCUCGUCUCUUCAACAUCACCAGCUCAGCUCUGGCCGCCUUCUGCCUAGUUCUCAUCUUCAUUUUCCUGCGGUACCCCCUCAAUGACUACUGA